UUUACUGGAGUGAUAUUUGUCGACGAAGCAACGAAAGAAAAAGCAGCAUUUAACAAGAGUGGUCCAGCUGUAACUUUUUCUGGUAAUUAUAAUAAGAAGGCCGAUGCAUUUGGCUUGUGGACCGCACAGGGUGUUGCGUCAACAGAUUUUGAAUAUCAAAUGUUAAUUUGUGAUACAGAUUUCUACAAGGGCCUCCAUUUUUCUGGGUAUACAGCUGACUGCUACAAACUUUGUGCUAACUGGUGUAAUGACAGAUCUUCUCCAUACUUUCGCUCAUCUGCAGUCUCCAGUGCGAAUUUCCAAGGCGUUGCUUUCAACGAAAAUGGUCGUACACCGACGUCAAAGCGUGUCAUUCGUGCAGGAAUUCGUUAA